AUGAAGAGUGAUUGUUUUGCAGCUACUUCUCAGGGGACCCCUGCGGAGAAGGUGAGGGCUGCAAGAGACAGCAGCAAGGGACAGCAGCAAGAGACAGCAGCAAGGGACAGCAGCAGGAGACAGCAGCAAGAGACAGCAGCAAGGGACAGCAGCAAGGGACAGCAGCAAGAGACAGCAGCAAGGGACAGCAGCAAGAGACAGCAGCAAGAGACAGCAGCAAGGGACAGCAGCAAGAGACAGCAGCAAGGGACAGCAGCAAGGGACAGCAGCAAGGGACAGAAGCAAGGGACAGCAGCAAGAGACAGAAGCAAGAGACAGCAGCAAGGGACAGCAGCAAGGGACAGCAGCAAGAGACAGAAGCAAGGGACAGCAGCAAGGGACAGCAGCAAGAGACAGAAGCAAGAGACAGCAGCUAGAGACAGCAGCAAGGGACAGCAGCAAGGGACAGCAGCAAGAGACAGCAGCAAGAGACAGCAGCAAGAGACAGCAGCAAGAGACAGCAGCAAGGGACAGCAGCAAGGGACAGCAGCAAGGGACAGCAGCAAGAGACAGCAGCCAGAGACGCAGCUGUGUUCUCGUCGUGGUGCAGGAAAACAAGUCUGA